AACUUUUCCGUGCUGGACUUGAAGAUCUCGACAACAACCUUUCGACAACAUCUCGACCAUCCCUCAACAUGGCACCGAGAUCAUACUCCAAGACCUACAAGGUCCCAAGAAGACGUGAGUUUCCUUCCCAUCACUCUGAUUCUGUCGUGGAAAUGUUUGGCCACGCGCAGAAUUUGCAGAUGUGCUGCCCACUACAGUGCGAUGCGAUACGAUGGACUUGAGCUAACUUCUCAUAGCAUUCGAGAGUGCUCGUUUGUAAGUGGACCACUGUAUAAGAGCUUGUCUCUGUUCAUGUCACUGAUUAUGUCCUUCCAGGGACUCUGAAUUGAAGCUCGUUGGAGAGUACGGUCUUCGCAACAAGCGUGAGGUCUGGAGAGUCCAGCUUACCCUCUCUAAGAUUCGUCGUGCUGCCCGGUAUGUACACAUGGGAGGAUCCAAUACGGAAUGGUAUGGCAGAAAUCAAAUGUCAGAAGGCUGAUACCAUGGCAGUCAACUUCUUACUCUCGAAGAGAAGGACCCAAAGAGACUUUUCGAAGGAAAUGCCCUCAUUCGUCGUCUCGUUCGUGUCGGUGUCCUUGACGAAUCCCGCAUGAAGCUCGAUUACGUCUUGGCCUUAAAGAUUGAGGAUUUCUUGGAGCGUCGUCUACAAACUUGUGUCUACAAGCUCGGUCUCGCCAAGUCCAUUCACCACGCUCGUGUUCUCAUCCGUCAACGACACAUCCGUGUUGGAAAGCAGAUCGUCAACGUUCCAUCUUUCGUCGUUCGUCUCGACUCCCAGAAGCACAUUGAUUUCGCCCUAAGCUCGCCAUUCGGAGGUGGACGUCCUGGUCGUGUUCGCCGCAAGAAGGCCAAGGCUGCUGAGAAGAAGGAUGGUGGAGAUGACGAGGAAGAAGAUGACGAGUAAAUGCAUUGAAAUGACAAUGUAAUUAUGGCUAUGGCGUGCAAAUGUUUUUUCUGGGGCUUCAUGACUGGACAUCGAGUAUAACAAAGACUCGAGGCGUUACAGAUAUGAAUUGCAAUUCAUGAUGGAUGGCAAUCUACAAUUUCAAAAUUACCCUAAGAAACUGUUGCUCUUGAUUCUGAUUCAUAAUUAAAUCGUGUGCAGUCGCAGGUGGAAGGCUGAGAUUUCUAAAAAGAACCCAAAGUUAGGAUUGGUUAAUUCAGGUAUGGUGUAAUUGUAGGCUGUUCG